CACUGAUGGACGGUGUGUGUGUGCACGUGUGUGUGUUUAUGGACGUGCUGCAGGGGCGAGUGUGUUAGCGGGACGAGUCUCUUCUCAUAGUUUUCCCCAAGAACUGAAGACGACAUGAACGUUGAACUGUCGCGUGAGCUCCUGCUGUGUCAUUAGAAACGCUGGCAUCAUGGGUAGCGUCAGCAGUCUAAUACCCGGCGGUAAAAACUGCAGAGGUUCAGAUCAAAAGCUGAAAAAAGGAUUUCAGUGUAAACGUGGCGGCCUGACGAAACACAACCCUCACGAACACAACAGCAAAAACAACAACAACUCCAAAUUCGGCCUCGGCUCGGGCGGAACCGGCAACAGCGACGACUUCUUCUACAUCAAAGUGAGCCACAAGCCGCGAGAUGAAACGCCGGACGAGUCGAGGAGAACGCCGACGGACCCGAGCGUGUGUGCUAGAUUAGAGCAGACUGCAGAAAACCCCUUCAUGCCUCAAUUUCCUCGGAGCAGCAGCUCUUCCGUAGAAACCCACAACAGUCUGAGUGCCAUUCUAGGAACUAACCUCAGCCACAUCGAUCGACCUAAAAACCAGACACCGGAACACAAACGCGACAUGAGCUCGGGAUCGCCGUGCGAUUCCGGGAUUUCCGGCUCCAGCUGGAUCAACGAUGCCGCUAAUAGCAGGACUAAAUGGACGGGUGGAGUUAAUGGAGACGGUGGGAUAUCAAACUCCAGCACGAGAUCCACGAGCGUGUUGAGCGACUGUAUAUCCGGUCCUGCUAGCUUAAAGACAGACACAGCGGAUAAAAACGCUGAAACGAACCACACGAGUCCUUUUUCUGAUCGGAAUUUUCCAAGUUCCAUGGAGUCUGAAGUGUCUGAGGGACGACAGCUCCACAGCUCUGAGGUAUCCCAGCAUGCUUUGCAGACCCAGCAGCUCCUCCAGCUGCAGAUUCUUCAGCUCCAGCAGGAUAAAGACCGUCUCCAGGAGGAAGUGGAUCAGCUGAUCAGGGACAGGAAUGCAGCCGAGAGUCAGCUGAUCUACAAACACCGACACACACCAUCAACACCCACGCUGGAGGAGACUCAGUGGGAGGUGUGCCAGAAAGUGGGUGAGAUCUCCCUGUUGAAGCAGCAGCUGAAGGACUCACAGGCUGAAGUGACCAAUAAGCUGAGUGAGAUCGUCUCUCUAAGAGCCGCACUGAGAGAAAUGAGGAGUAAAAUGGAGGAAUUGGAGGAGAAACACAGAGUGUGUGAGGAAACACUGCAGUUACGGAGCACUGAGAUGGAGGUCUGUGAGAAUGAGCUGCAGAGGAAGAAGAACGAGGCUGAGCUUCUUCGUGAGAAAGCAGGAAAGCUGGAGACAGAUGUCAAAACACUGAAACAAGACCUCCUGGUGGCCCAAGAGGAGCAUUUAGAGCUCCUGAGUCUGAAGGUCCAGUUGCAAGAGCAACAUCAUCAACUGCAGGUCUGCCAAUCCAAGUUGGCUGACCAGGAAACUUCAGGACAAGUUGAUGUCCUUCAGAAGGAAGUGGAGAGACUGCGCGGGCAGCUGGAAGAUGAGAAACAGAAGAAGGAGAAGAUCCUGAGCAGCUUCCAUCGUGAGAAGCAGACGUGGAAUAAAGAGAAGGACAAAGUGAUACGCUACCAGAAGCAGCUACAGUUUAACUACCUGCAGAUGCACAAAAAGAACCAGGAGCUGGAAAAGAAACUGAAGGAACAAAAUGGCAAAGUGGAUAACAGGACAGAAAAAGACGAGGACAGGAUAAGGGAGGACACGGGAGUUCAAAAGACAGAUGUGCGCUAUGAUGAAAUGGUGGCCACUGAGAUAUAAAGCUGUGCACUGCUUCAAUCUCAUCUUUAACACGCACUUGCCCCCUUCAGUGUCCCCUUGUUUCAGGGUUCCUCAAGGGCUCCUCAAAGGUUCUUCAGAUAGUUCUGCUUCAUAUCCUUAGCUAAAGAACUCUUAGCUUGAAUUAAAAAACGUUGGUUAUAUUUAGAAGCUUCCCUUAGACAAACCAAAGAGACCUUUGCUAGAUAAUGUGUACUCUUCACAAACUAGCCAGAUAAAGUGUACGUACAUCCCAGAAUGCAUUGCUACAUUCCUGAUGCGGGUUCAAAAUGUCACAAUGGCAGACGAGGCAUAAACAGUGUUGGGUUUAAACACUUUUAAGUCUGUAUUGUUUAAAUCGUCGUGUCACUGAUGGACUUUAACUCAACACUGAACUCUCUAAGCCCUCGCACUGACUCACUGAGGGCACGCCACACUCCGCGCUCUCACACCACACACACUCUGAACCAUCUACACAAUCUAUUGUAUAUUGUUUAUUUAUUCUGAUUAUAUAAUAAAUGCUAAUUUUCUGU